CGCGCAGAAGUUAGAAACAAGCUUACGAUGGCCUCCAAUACCAAGGAUGGUAUCACCAUACGGAUUAUGACAGAGGAGGACUACAAAGCCGUAAAAUCACAGAUGGAGGGCGACUUCUUCUCUUCAGAACCCUUGUGCCAGUCUAGUGGCGAGUGCCUCGUCGGGCAAAAUGAGAAGGAAAACGACGAGUACCAUCUGUCGAUGAUCGCCCAGGGCACCUGUCUGGUGGCCUUUGACGAGAACGACGGUGGACGAUUGGUAGGAUUCGUACUGGCCGGAGCUCAGUUUCCCGAAGAUGUAGAAAAGCAUCGCAUUGAGGCCGAUGCCAUGGAGCAACAUGCAUGGGGUCGCAUCGCCGUCUUACUCUCUAAGAUUGAACGUGAAGCCAAUCUCUUUGAACGCUUUGGCAUCUCGAAAGUACUCUACUCCCACAUUACGAGUGUGGAUGCUUCGAUGAGGGGCAAAGGACUCGGCUCCCGACUAGCUGACACUUUGAUGGACGUCGGCCGAUCUAAAGGGUUUCCUGCGAUGGUGGCCUACUGCACUAGUUUCUACUCCGCCCGUCAGAAGGAGGCACUGGGGAUGCAGUGCAUCCACUCCCUGGUGUACGCUGACUACAAAGAUGCAAAUGGCAAACCGAUCUUCGCACCAGCUGCACCCCACACCAUGGCUCGAGUUAUGGCCAUAAAACUAUGACGAUAGUUAGUUCAUAAACUUUAAGUAUAUUUUUGUACACGCAUAAAGAUUGUUAUACACUA